GAUAAAUCGGAUUCUCGGUUACUCAUUUCACCAUUUUGUUUGUUUAAGUUCUAAUAAAUAAGCAUAAAGUGCUUAUCUAAACAUCAAAAUAACAACAAACUUCCCGACUGUUUUAGCAUUGCAAAUUAAAUUGUGACCUGUAAAGUCAUCGCGAAUAAGGGCAGGUUUUCAUAUGUCCUCCGCUUAUACGCACCCAAAUAGAUCUAAUGCGGUCUCUGUCAAGUGCGCAUUAAAAUAGCGCAGUCUUCCUGCACUUGAAAUCGAUGUGCGCCGCCGGACACGAGAACACUCGUCAAAGUGUUUGACUUCACUGUCAUAGAGAACACAAUGGGAUGCGCUUCUAGCACUCAGACCACCACUCAAGACACAACUCGAGCCAACACCAAACAAGAUGGGAGCACAUCUGGCAAUGAAAAUGGUGGUGUUGCAGCAGACACCAAUCUAGAUUUUACAGAGGGAGUUCAGAGUUCUGCGGCUGCUACAGCUCACAGUGAGCCAGGAGCAGCUCCGGCUGAUCCUCCAGCAGAAGCAGCUGCUGACCAGCCUGCAGAGUCUGAACCCAACCCCUACACAACAGCCGAAAGUACUGAAGAAUCUGCACCAGCGUCAAGUGAAAACACAACUGAGGGCCAAGCUGAUUCCUCCCCUCCAGAGGAAGCAACAGCUACCUGUGAAGACAGUUAAGUGUGCAUUGGUUGCCAGAGUUUCAGCAGAAUCCAGAUUGGAACACAUAUUUCCAGCACAAUCAGGAUUUCACUUGAGAUUGUUUAAAAAUACAAUGAAACAGUAGCUUCUUUAGU